UGUGUAAGAGUGAGGAUGCACAGAAAGCGUAGAAGUUUUAUGGAUCAUGACAGAUUCAGAGAAUAAACUUAUUAUGUUAUUCAGCGGAAAACGGAAGUCUGGAAAAGAUUACGUAACAGAUUUAAUACAACAACGGUUGAGCCCAGAGUUGUGCUGCAUCCUCCGGCUUUCUGCUCCACUUAAAGAGCAAUAUGCAAAGGAGCACGGGCUGGACUACACGCAGCUGUUGGGAGCAGGCCAGUAUAAAGAGCAUCACCGAGCCGAGAUGAUCAGAUGGGGAGAGAGCAGGAGGAAUCAGGACCAGGGCUUCUUCUGCCGCAUGGCCGUAUGUGGAGCCUCUCAGCCCGUGUGGAUUGUGAGUGACUGCAGGCGCCUGUCUGAUCUGCAGUGGUUCUGGAACGAAUAUCCAGAGCGGUGUGUCUGUGUCCGAGUGGAGGCCUCUGAACAAACCAGGGCUCAGAGGGGAUGGAGAUUCACUGCAGGAGUAGACGAUGCCGAGUCCGAAUGCGGUCUGGAUCAGGGAGUGGACUUCGACUGGACCAUAAGAAACGACGGAGACGUCGAUCUUCUCGACAGACAGCUCGAGGGACUCUUGGCGUUAGCUAGGGAGAGGACACGUGAGCGCUGGUGCACACAAGACAGUACGGAAUUAAACAGACAGUGAAGAGGAGACAUGCCUGUGGAACAAAAGGAUCAUGAGCCGUUACCGCAGAGCAUUUUCUUUACACACGUGAACGAUUGCUAAAUAUCGUGUUGCUUGAGGAAGGCGAUUAGAAAUUGUCUAAUGGUCAAACAUUUUAAGACUCUCUCAUUUAUCACCACAUAAUUUUCAUACAUUUUUAGGUUAAGCUCAACACAUUGGUUUGAGUUUAAUUCCACAGAACAUCAUGUAAGUGUUUUAAAUAUGUAUUAAAUUAUGAAUUAAAAUGUAUUAAA